AUGAGAUCUGAAAAUUGUUCUUCGGAUUAUUCAUUUCGUCUCGAAGUAGCUCGUCGUUACAAAUUAAACGAAGUUUUGAUUGAAAAUAAUUGUAACGACCAUAGCAUUGAGAAACGUCGUGUUGAUCCGAAAUUUCACGGUCAUCCAAGAACUCGUGGCGAUAUUUUGGCUGAUAAAUUUGGCAUCGAUACAUCAGUUGUUGAGAGACAAACGAAUUCUUUGAUAAAACUUUUAAGUAAAAUUUCUCAAGAGUAUCUGUUUAAGUGUCCUCCAGUUGUUUAUUACGAUAAUGAUGUGGAAAAUACUGAAAGUUUUAUGCUACAAAAACUAUUUAAAAAUUUUCCCAUUACCUUCUACCACGGUCAAAUUUCCAAGAAAAACGAGCCUGUCAAUAGCAAUUUUCGUUCGGCAAUGGACAACAAUUGCCGUAGCUACAUUUUGUUCCUCUCCGAUCCAAUGCGUACUCGAAAAAUAAUUGGCGCCCAAAUAGAUUCUCGAGUUGUAAUAGUUUCCAGAUCAAGUCAAUGGAAGCUUAAAGAUUUUCUGUCUUCAAAAGAAUCUUCAGAUAUUGUUAAUUUAUUGGUUAUUGGAGAAAGUUCAGUUGGGGAUCCUCAAAAGGAACGUCCUUAUGUCCUCUACACCCAUCAACUUUACGCCGAUGGUCUUGGGGCAAACACCCCAGUUGUACUUACCAGUUGGAUUAAAGGUGUUCUCUCACGUCCUCACAUCGAUCUAUUUCCGAAAAAAAUGUCCAACGGAUUUUCGGGACAUCGAUUUUCAAUAGCAGCUGUUAAUCAGCCACCAUUUAUAUUUCGAAUUCGAAAAUUAGAUGCAUUUGGGCAGAGUCGUGUUGACUGGGAAGGAAUUGAAUACAGAUUAAUGACAAUGUUUGCUAAACAAAUGAAUUUUUCAUUUGAUGUUGUUGAACCUAAGGAUCACGGUAAUUUGGGAUCUGGAGAUACAAUAGUAGAAGAAGUGAGAUUACGAAAAGCAGAUCUGGGAAUGGCUGGAGUAUUUUUAUCUGAAGAAAGGGUUCAAAAAGUUGAUAUUUCACAUGGACAUUCAAGAGAUUGUGCAGCUUUUAUAACUUUAGCUUCGAAAGCUUUACCGAAGUACCGAGCUAUCUUAGGACCCUUUCAAUGGCCCGUUUGGUUGGCCCUCACCUUAAUUUAUCUUGGAGGUAUUGUUCCAAUAGUCUUCACUGAUCAACUGUCACUUCGGCACUUGAUCGGCAAUUGGGGCGAAAUGGAAAAUAUGUUUUGGUAUGUCUUCGGGAUGUUUACUAACAGCUUUACAUUCACUGGGAGGUAUUCAUGGAGUAACUCAAAACGAGCUUCUACCAGGAUUCUAAUUGGGUUCUACUGGCUAUUUACGAUCAUCAUAACUUCUUGCUACACAGGAUCGAUUAUUGCCUUUGUGACAUUGCCAGCUUUUCCUGCAACAGUUGAUUCGGUGAAUGAUCUUUUGGGAUUAUUUUUUCGAGUUGGAACACUUGAUCGAGGUGGUUGGGAAAAAUGGUUUCAGAACUCUACCCACGAAUCGACUGCAAAAUUAUAUAAAAAAAUGGAAUUUGUAGCAACUUUGGAAGAAGGUAUUGGAAAUGUAACUCAGUCUUUCUUUUGGAAGUAUGCCUUUCUUGGAUCUAAGGCCCAAUUGGAAUACCUGGUUCAGUCGAACUUUAGCAACGAUGUCCUUGGUCGCCGAUCAGCUCUUCAUUUGAGUGAAGAGUGCUUCGCUCAGUUUCAAAUUGGUUUCGCAUUCCCAAAGAAUUCUGUUUAUAGUGAAAGAAUUGAUUUAGCAAUUCUUCUUGCUCAGGAAUCUGGACUAAUUUCGAAAAUUAGCAAUGAAGUUUCUUGGGUAAUGCAAAGAAGUGCAUCGGGAAAACUUCUGCAAGCUUCUUCUUCGAAAGCUUUAAGAGAAAGAAUUCAAGAAGAACGUCAACUCACAACAGCCGAUACUGAAGGAAUGUUUUUGCUCAUGGCUAUUGGUUAUGUUCUUGGAGCUCUAGCUUUAGCUUCAGAAAUUAUUGGUGGAUUCACUAAUAAAUGUCGACAGAUUUUGAAAAGAACUCGCAAAUCCGUCUCGAGUGGAUUUUCAUCAGCAAGAAGUUCAUUUGAUUUUACUAAUAAAAAAGAUUUUGCAGAUCAUUUGCGUAGGAAAGCAGUGCGACAUGAAAUGCGAGAUGCUGCAGCUGAAAAUUCUGAUAGUAAGUUCUUCGGUUUUAAAGAGUUCAAUCUUACGAAAGCUACUUUAAAAGAGUUGUAUGGCUCUUAUAAGAAACCGGAACCGAAUUUUAUUUUUCAAAAUGGACGUUUAAUUUUGGAAACUGAUGCUAGGUCGAUUGAGUCAUCAUUGGGUACGAUAACAACACCUUCGAGUGCUGGAGAAUGUCCCCAGCAGCAGCAACAUGAUGUUGAAGAAGUUGUACAACAUUUGGAUGCAUGCAUUGAUAUGCAUGAUCGUCAACACCAGCAUGUAAAUAAUUAUGGAUCGGUUGAAAUUGAUGAGACUAUUAACGAGGAAGUUGAAGAUCCUUUUGGAAGUUUGGUUGAUGAUGUUAAUUUGGUGUCGCGAUAUGAAAAUUUAAAAGUUUUAGGAGACGAAACAAAUUAAUAAAGCACUCAGUUUUAAAUUUGUAGCCAUCAGUAGAUGACUUGUACAAUGUAUCUACUUUUAUAAACCUUAAAUACUUUGUGCGAUUUUGGAGUUCUGUUGAAUUUUUUACCG